AUGGAGAACGACACAUCCCCCUUCGUGCAGCGCUUGCGCGCCAGUAUCACCAACAUCAGCAAAAGGAUUGUGGAACGGGCCCUGCCGCAGAAAGCGCGAAAAGUACUUCAAGAUUUUGCAGUCGCGAGACCAUAUCUAGCCACAUUCAUCGGAAUCCAGAUUCUUCUCGGUGCACUCCCACUGUUACUGUUGCUGGCCUUGCUAUUGGCACCCGUUUUCAUAUCACUCGUUGGAGCAGGUCUGUUUCUCGUUCUUCCACUAUUGGUCGCCUUUUGGUUCCUGGUCACGGUUUCGCUUGUCUUUCUCCUAUCCAUCUUCUUUAUCUGGCAACGGAUCGAAGGGCGCUCCCUAUCACGAUUGACGAUGGACGACAUGACGCAAGUCAUUCCAGGACUUCCAGCGUUGACGCCCGGGGAGAAUACGGAACCUGAAUGGGAAGGCGACAGCGAUCCAGCGUCUGUUGCACUGCCGAGCCCAUUCCAAACCACACCUCCAGAUCCAAGCCCAAAUCCGACCACGAACCCCACGGAAAACCCUACCAUGGACACUACAAUGGAAAGGGGAAGAGGACGGACGAGAUAUUCUGACGCAGUCAAGAGGGGCUUGAACACGAACCUCCCAAGGAGUGGGGAGUUUGUAGAGGCGACAGAGCUUGCAAAGACUGAAGGUGCCCCCGAGACUGAAGGUCCUGGUGCAGUUGCCGAAGCACUCGCUGGAGAUGCUGGUGGCUCUUCGCCGGAGAGAUCCACGUUCGUCGUUGAGGGCACAAAAACCUCUGAGGAUUUGACAGCCUUCGAGGGCUCUUAA